AUGGAAAUCAUCACGCCCCAGGACUAUCAGAACAACGCCCGGAAGCGACAGCGCCGGAGCCUGCGGCCCUGCGACGCUUGUCGGAAGCGCAAGACUCGCUGCGUCACAAAGGACGGUGACGGCGACUGCGUCCACUGCCAGCUGAGGGCGACGCCCUGUACCUUCCAGCACGACCCCCCGGAGCGACAGAUCACCAGCGCCAGCGGGAGCAGCAUCCAGGGGAGCAGCGCCGGUCCUCACAGCGGGGACGAGCCCGGCCCGGUUGAUGAGCAGCAGCUCCCACAAAGCCAGCAGCUGCCGAGUCACCCGGCCGGCCACCACCAGGUGGUCCGCAAGGAGUCUCGGGAUGAUGCCGUGUCCGUCCAGUCGGUCCCGUCGUUCCUGUCUCCCGCCGAGACGCGAGCAUCGGCCGACAGCGCCCACCCCCUCGCCCCGGCCUCGGUCAUGGCCCCCGAGCUUGUCGAGUUGGGGCCUCUAGAUCGUACCAUGGGGUGCUCAUCCACGCGCUUCGCUGAGCUGUACGGUCUGGGGAGCGACAUGGAACCUAUACUGAUGCGUCACCGCCCUUACGACCAUAGGACUCACGAGUUUAGCCUCGAGACACAUGCUAUACGUCGUGUGCUGGAGAGGGAUGACAGCCAGGAGUAUCCCCUGACCUUUCACAUAGCCCGCGACGAAAAGGCCAUCGAGGGUGACCCGACCUUUUCCCAGGUUGACGCAAUAGAGGCUUGCGUACGUCCUCAUGGCCCCAGCCUCGUAGAGCUGUUCUGGCGGCAUGUGCAACCAUGCUAUCCCAUCCUAUCCAAGGAUCCCUUCACCCUGGCAUACUGCCAGUCUUAUCGGCGCAUCCCUGCAGCCCUCCUCGGGGCUGUCUAUCUUUCCGCCAUCCGCUGGUGGACCUACGACCCGGAGCUCUCCAUCCGGACGCCCCCGGACGCCGCCCUUCUCCGACGGAUGCUGCGGACUGCCAUCCCGGCCUCGUAUCAUCGCCCCAAGCUCAGCUCCAUCCAGGCUGCCUUGCUGCUCCUCCAGUGCCAGCCGGAAGACCCCCUCAACCCUGACCACACCUUCCAAUGGGGUCUUACAUGCCAGGCCCUUGCCAUCGGCCAGUGUCUGGGACUUCACCUCGACGCCAGCAACUGGACGAUUCCUCAGUGGGAGCGCAACGUCCGCAAGCGUCUAAGUUGGGCGCUAUUCAUGCAAGAUCGCUGGACUGCUCUAGCUUACGGGCGUCCUGUGCACAUUCACGACGAUGACUGGACAGUCGGUGAUCUCACGACUGCCGACUUUUCAGAUUUUGAGAGUGAAGGCCAGUCAACGUCGUCGAGUUCCGGCUCUGACGAUGACCGAAGAUCUAUUGCUUCCACGGGGAAGACGCAGUAUAUACAGAUGGUGCGGUUGACGCAGAUCCUCUCAGUCGUCUACUCCAAUUUCUACACUGCCAGAACAUGUCGAGAGCAGGACACCUUUAUCCUCUUUGAAAAGGCCCGGCCGCUCUUUGAGAUGCUGACGAGCUGGUACCACAGCAUCCCGCCUUCGCUGCAGAUGAAUGUUAUCUACCAGCGCAAGCUGUGCUUUCAUGGUUAUCUUCACUUCUCCUACUAUGGAGUUGUGAUGACUCUCCUCCGCCGCCUAAUUCGAUCUACUGCGUUACCUCCACGCUGCACCGACGAUCGAGUCCUCUCAGAUAUUCGUCAGAUAGCUCUCCAGACUGCUCAAAACGCCAUCAGUUUCGUCACAAGCCUAAGACCCGAUCAUCUCGAGGCCUUUUGGUACUUCACAUCGCCCUACCUCUUCUCACUCCUGGGCUCCUUUACCACUCUCCUCCUCGUCACCUCUCUAUCAUCCCAGGAGCGUCACUUUUGGCAAGAAACCCUCAACUCGUACCUCUGGAAUCUCCGAAUGAUGAGCAAGAGCCAUGAGCCAAUGCAGUACGCCGUAAAUCGUCUCGAGGGCGCCAUCCUGCGAGGUUUGGAGCACGCCCUCGCUGUCAACCUCAACGAGCCCCUCAACGACAAGGUCAGCCCCAUGAUGGGCAACUACGCCCCAGAUAUAUACGAAUUUACCGACUUUGGCGACUGGGAUCUGGCCGCGGGUGGUAACGGAGCAUACGAUCUCCUUAGCGGCCUGGUGAUGCAGCCGAACCCGAACCCUAUGAUGCCGCGGGAGGACCUGAGAUGA